AUGAUAAAAUUUCAAUUUUUCGUUUUCAAUUAUUUUCGAGAAUCUCUUAUCAGUAAAAAGCUCAUCCCACGUAUUGGCCCACAAAUGUCUGUCUCCGAAGAGGUUAACAAGAACGUGAUCUUGCUUCCACAAACAAAUCAACUAAUUGGUCUUUACAGCAUCAUUCGUGAUCAAAGUACCAAAAGAGGGGACUUUGUUUUCUAUUCCGAUCGUAUCAUUCGUCUUUUAGUUGAGGAAGGGUUGAACCAAUUACCAGUGGAAGAAUGUAUUAUUGAAUGUCAUGGAGGUCAUAAAUAUAAAGGGGCCAAGUUUUUGGGAAAAAUAUGUGGUGUUUCCAUUGUGAGAGCUGGUGAAUCUAUGGAAAUGGGCUUGAGAGACUGUUGUAGAUCGGUAAGAAUAGGUAAAAUCUUGAUACAAAGAGAUGAGGAAACUGCCUUACCUAAAUUGUUUUAUGAGAAAUUACCAGAAGAUAUUAGUGAACGGUAUGUGUUUUUAUUGGAUCCAAUGUUGGCCACUGGAGGUUCAGCAAUGAUGGCGGUCGAAGUCUUGCUUGCGAGAGGAGUGAAGAUGGAGAGAAUAUUCUUUUUAAAUUUGUUGGCAGCUCCGGAGGGAAUCAAAGCAUUCCAUGACAAGUAUCCUGAUGUAACAAUUAUAACUGGAGGAAUUGACGAAAAACUUGAUGAUGACAAGUACAUUGUUCCUGGUUUGGGGGAUUUUGGUGACAGAUACUACUGUAUAUAA